AUGCCUUUUUAUGUAGCGGAUAUGUUUGAGGAUUGUAUUUUAGGGGUGGACUUUUUCAGUAAAGUGGGAAUAGAAAAGACUCGGAAGAUGUUGCUCAGUUUUCGUUUUUCUUCACGUGAGUCAAAGAAAGUUUGUUGUCAAGUGACUGAGGAAGUCGAAAUUGUUCCGUCGAGCUUGAAGGAGCUCUUUGACUCCGUCGGCCUUGAUGAGGCGCAGAAGGGUGUUUUUGCUGAUUUCUUAAACAAAUUUCAGGACAUCUUCACCGACCAGAUUGUGGCCGGUAAUUGUGAGGUCCUGCAACAUAAGAUUAGUCUACAGGAUCCUCGUCCAAUUAAGCAAGCCCCGAGGAGGGUGCCGUUGGGCAUGCGCUCGGAGAUAGAACAGAUUCUUCAUGAAAUGAGAGAACAGGGAGUCAUUGAGGAAUCUUCCGGCCCGUGGGUUUCUCCAGCAGUAAUGGUAAAGAAGAAAGAUGGGUCCUUGAGAUUCUGCGUAGACUACUGUAACUUAAACGCGGUCACGGUGAAAGAUUCUUAUCCUCUACUCAGGGUUGAUGAUCUCUUGGGCCAGCUGUCAGACAAUACGUGGUUUUCCACCUUAAACAUGAAGAGUGGUUAUUGGCAGGUAAAGAUUCGCAAAGAGGAUAGGGAAAAGACUGCCUUCUCGGUAGGGAACGGAUUGUGGCAAUUCACAGUAAUGCCUUUUGGAUUGUGCAAUGCUCCGGCCACCUUUGAACGGUUGAUGGAGAGGGUCUUACGGCAGUUGCUGUCCAAGAUUUGUUUAGUUUAUUUAGAUGACAUUAUUGUUUUUGGGAAAUCCUUUGAAGAGAUGGUAGCCAAUCUUAGGAAGGUGUUUCAGAGAUUCAGGGAGAGAAAUUUGAAGUUAAAACCAAAGAAGUGUACUCUUCUUGGGAAGCAAGUUAAAAGGGAACUUUUAGCAGUUGUUGACUCGGUGAAGUCUUUCCACGGCUAUCUCUACGGACGGAAGUUUUUGGUUCGAACUAAUCACGCUUUAUUGAGGUGGCUGAUGUCUUUUAGGGAUUUAGAAGGGCAGUUGGCCCGGUGGGCAGAGAAACUUCAACAAUAUAAUUUGGACAUUCAGCAUCGCAGUGGAAAGUUGCACAAAAAUGCGGACGGUUUGUCCAGACGGCCUUGUGUGGAGUUUGGGAGCAAGUACUGCGUGAGAGUGGAAGAAAAGGAGGGGAAAGAAGCAGGUAAUUGUCUUUUGUGGGAGAAAGUUUCGGCGAAGAGGCCUUCUUCAAGGGUUUACUGGUCUUAUUGGGAUGCCUUGGUUGUACGGGAUGGCAUUCUUCAUAAAAGGUGGGAAGCGCUGAAUUUGAAAACUAGCUUCCUUCAGGUUAUUGUUCCUCGGGAGCUGUCGAAACAAAUUUUAGAGGAGGCGCAUGAUGCUCCAACGAGAGGGCAUUUUGCCAAAAAGGGUCCUUCAGAUAAAGGAAAGUCGCCGUUGCAGGUGUAUAACUCUGAGGCCCCCUUUGAGAGAUUGCAAAUGGAUAUUCUUGGGCCUUUUCCGAUGUCGUCUGCGGAAAACAAGUAUCUUUUGGUGAUAGUGGAUUGUUUUACUAAGUGGGUGGAGGCAUUUCUUUUGAAGAACUUCCAAGCCACAACCAUGGCGGAGUUAGCAUGGAUUUUGGGGAGUAAGAAAACGAGGACAACUGCUCUCCAUCCGCAGUCUGAUGGACAGAUGGAGAAGCAGUAUCAGACGAUUGCUCAAUAUUUGUCUAAAUUCGUGGAGGAAAGUCAGAGGGAUUGGGAUCGUUGGAUUCCCAUGUUCCUUUUGGCUUAUAGGUCUUCCAGGCAUGAGGCGACGGGAGUGACUCUUGCGGAGUUAUGUUUCGGGCGGGAGCUCCGUCUUCCUCUGGAUUUGCUUCGAGGAACGCCCCCGAAUUAUUAUUCGGAAGCAUCGGAAAGUUACGCCCAGGUACUGCGUGAAAAGCUUGAUGAGGUUUACCGGGAUGUUAGAAAACGUUUGGAAUUAAGGUCUGAUAGGGUAAAAAUGCGGAAUGAUCGAAAGGAUAGACAUAUUCUUUUUGAGGUGGGUCAGAAAGUAUGGUUUUUUAAUCCAUGUCGAGAUAAGGAGAAGGGUCCGAAAUUGCAAAAGAGUUGGGAAGGUCCUUUUGAAGUGAGGAAACUGAGUGAUGUUGUAUACUGCAUCCGUCGCUCGCCCAGACACAGAAACAAAGUAGUGCACGCGGACAGGUUAGCUUCUUUUUGUGAAAGGUUAGAGCAUACGUCGGAGCCAUAUCUGGAAAGUUAA